AUGAAAUACGAAUUGGAUUUUAGGAAUGACCAAGUUAUCUAUGGGGUUCAAAAUGUUCAAAAGGAAAAUACUUACACAACUGUAAAAGCAGCGGAAAUAAGUCCAUUGAGAUCUGGACUUAUGAUUAACGAGGAAUCCGAAGGAAAAUUGGGUGUUGAAACCAAUAAUUCUCGUGGAAAGGCCUCUAUUGGUCUAAAUAAUGGCUUUUGCGAGAAUUAUUACUCGGGACUUCCAAUUCAACAGCAGCCACAAGUUUAUUAUCAAACCAAGAACAUUCCCAUGGCCAGUGAUGCAAUAAAUACUGGCCAAAAUGUCCCUAUUGGGGAUUAUAAUAUGUCCUCAUUACACUCUACUGGGGCAAUUUUCCAACAGAGUGAAAAUGCAAAUUUUGUGGCCAAUACGAAUCCAGGAAUACAAAUUAAAAGGCUCAACAUUCCUUCCAAUAGUGUUAAGUCAGUUUCUACGAUUCCGUCUAGCGGAGUAAAUGAACUACCUACUAAAGUUGGAGGCUCAGGAUAUGAUUUUAGAGAUGGAGGAGUAAUAAACGGGACUUAUCAGCAGACUUUUCAGACUCAAAACUUAGUCAGAAAUAUCACAGGAAAUUCUUCAAAUCAACAAAUUUCAAGAAUCAAAAAUGCCAACUUUCCAGAAAAUCUUAAUACGAACACCGACUCAUCCAUGCUUGCCACUAACCCCAGUAAUACUAAUGGCUAUUUCUCUGAAAAUAAUCUAUCAAGCUCCAGAACAAAAGAAGAGUAUUUACAUUACGAACAAUACUCCAACGUUAAUACAAAUAGCUUAAUUUCACAACAAAAUUCAAACUUUCAGGCUAAUUAUCAGUCUAACAAUUCAUCUAAUGCCCCAUUCUUUUCAACUAACUGUUCAAAUCCAAGCCAAAUAAACUCUUUAAUAAAUCCUCAGUAUCUGAAUUCAGUCCCUCUUUUGGCUCAAGUUAGGAUAGAAAGUAUCCAAGAUUUACCAAACAACAUCCAACACCAUUCCAUGAGUAUUUAUAACUCUAUCACAAAUAUGGACUACUCUAUUGUUGCUAGUUUUAACAAUAUUGAUGAUAAGAACGAAACUUAUAGAAUUGGUCCGUUCCCAAGUAGUAGUAUGAUGAACUCAAAACUUACCUGUAUAGUACAGGAUGAUAUUUCAAUUCCUUUCUCCUGGUCCCAACCGGUUCUGAAACUCAAAAUAAUUGAGGAAAAUGAUUUCAAAGCUGAUAUUAUAGGAGUCUGCUCGAUCACUAUUGAUAUAAAUUCCGUAGGGAUCCCUUCUCAAGCUUAUCUGAUAGAUCCUCAAACUAAUCAAGUAAGAGGAAUUUUGAGAUUUGUUGUAAAGUUGGUCCCAAACCAACAAAAUCCAAACUAUAGGUUUGAUCAGAUUCAUGGCCCAAAUUCCAUACUAAACAGGAGAUACACUAAUGAUAAUUCAAUUUUUAAUCUAUUUAAGGGUUUCUGCUGUGCAGACUAA